AUGGAGCAGCAGGCGGCACCGGACUUGAGCAACGUGCGGCCCGUGACGAAGCAGACGUUUGAGUUGGACUUGACACACCUGCUGGACGGCAGCGAUGAGAGUGGAGGCGAGGAUGGUGCGCAGGACGCACACCAGCAGCAUGUUGGGAGAGAGGACAUUCAAGGAGACGACGCGUUCAUUUUGAAGCCGGUGCUCUCGCAAGGGGAAUGCGAGAGGCUGGUGCAGGAGACGGAGCGGCUCACAUACACGUUUUGGAACCAAGCAAACGACACCACCACGUACCGCAACGCAGACACGGUCGAGGUGCUGGACCCGAAGUUGGCAGAGGCCAUCUGGCAGCGCAUCAAACACCUCGUUCUCGAGCGCAUCACCAUCACCCGCGAUCAGGAUCGCUGGGAGGCAGGGUUCGAGGGAACGUGGAAGGCGGUUGGUGUCAACGAACACCUCUUGUUUGCGCGCUAUCAUGAGGGUGGCCACUUUUCGCCGCACACGGACGGCUACACCAUUGUCGACUUUAACAAGCGCAGCCUCUUCACGCUGCUGCUCUAUCUCAACGACUGUGAAGAAGGAGGUUCGUGUGGCACGCAGCUGUUCAAGAAGACGGACACGCGCGAAUAUGUUGUGGACGCCGCCGGGCGCUUUCGCUGGGAGGACGCAAUGAAGCUUGGCCGCGCACCGCCAAGCAUGGGCACAGCGCUUGCAUUCUACCAGGAUAUGCCGCAUGAGGGCGAGCCCGUGGGCAAAGGCUCCGUCAAGUACAUCAUCCGCACAGAUGUCAUGUAUGCGCGCGAAGACCCGAUAUGCGACGAGCCAAAGGACCGCGAGGCGUAUCGGUUGUUCCGGGAGGCGGAGGAAGUGGAGUCGAGUGGAGAUGCAAUGGGGGCGCUGAAGCUGUUCCAGCGCGCUGCCAAGAUGAGCCCCGCACUCGCAGACGUGCUCGGGUUGUGACACGGGCUUCGCUAGCAAGAGAGCUAGCGCUUGUGGGAGGCGGAGACGUGUUGAGUUGGUUGCCACCGAUGCGCAUAAACGAACAACAACUGAA